AUGGAGCAGAUUUUCAAAACAAGACCAUAUAUUUGUAGAGAAGAAAGAUUGGCAUUGACAGAAAAGCUGCAAGUCUGUGAGAAGUCAAUUAAAGUUUGGUUUCAAAAUAGACGGCGCAUAUCGGAGAAAAGGGAAAAAUUAUACAUUCCAGAUUCACCAUCAUCUAUAGAUACAUGUGAUUCAAAUUGCGAUCGUCUAGCUUAUAUUGAAUCUCAAAUAAACGAAAGAGUAGAUGCACAUGGAAAUGUAGCGUUAGAUGACCAUGUGAUAACUGAAUUAGCAAGAAUCAUAGAUGAUUAUCUUUCUCAACAAGCUGAAACUUUAAUCAUUCCCACUCCUAUGGAAAAUGAUAAAUGUAUACCAAAUGCUAAUCUUGAAGAUACUUAUACAGAAAGCUAUGAAAAUCAUCCAAUAUACGAACCUAUUUCACCAGCAAGUGUUGUUGAUGAAUUUUUAUUGUGA